CCGGAACUGUAAGGCAACCCGUGAGCUCCUAGCAGAACCCGGAAGUGUGGCGUUUUUCUUUGUUCUUGGACGAACCCUGCGAAAAAUCGGUAGUUUGCGAGCUCGGGCGGGAGCAUGCUCACUCGGCUGAAAGCAAAGUCAGACGGGAAGCUCGCCAAACAGCUAUGCAGAGUUGUGUUGGACCAGUUUGACAAACAGUAUUCCAAAGAACUUGGGGAUUCCUGGAGUACAGUAAGGGAUGUUCUAGUAUCUCCGUCACUGUGGCAAUAUGCAGUCCUCUUCAACCGAUUCAAUUACCCCUUGGAGCUGGAAAAGGACUUACAUUUGAGGGGCUAUCACACAAUCCUUCCUGGGUCCUUACCGUAUUAUCCUAAAUCAAUGAAGUGUUACCUCAGCCGAUCUCCAGAUCGAAUGCCUUCAGAGAGACAUCAGGCCGGAAGCUUGAAGAAGUACUACCUCCUCAAUGCUGCCUCCCUUCUCCCAGUCCUGGCUCUAGAACCGAGUGACGGGGAGACCGUUCUGGACCUGUGUGCUGCUCCUGGAGGCAAAUCAGUAGCCCUGCUACAGUGUGCUUCCCCAGGUUAUCUUCUUUGUAACGAAUAUGAUAGUCUGAGAGUGAGAUGGCUGAGACAGACGUUGGAAUCUUUCAUCCCACAGCCUUUGAUAAAUGUAAUUAAAGUGUCUGAAUUGGACGGCAGAGAAAUGGGAGAUGCCCAGCCUGAAACGUUUGACAAGGUGUUAGUUGAUGCUCCAUGUUCAAAUGAUCGAAGCUGGCUGUUCUCAGCUGACUCUCAGAAGGCUGCCUAUAGGAUGCGUCAAAGGAACAAUUUGCCUGUCCUACAGGUAGAACUCUUAAGGUCUGCAAUUAAGGCCUUACGGCCUGGAGGGCUCCUCGUGUACUCCACAUGCACGCUUUCCAAGGCUGAAAAUCAGGAUGUCAUCACUGAGAUCUUAACCUCCAAUAGUACCAUCAUGCCUGUGGAUAUUAGUGGACUCGCAAGGACUUGCUCCCAAGAUUUCACAUUUGCUCCCACCAACCAGAAAUGCAGUCUUUUGGUGAUUCCAGAAAGGGGCAAAGCUUGGGGCCCAAUGUUUAUAGCCAAACUGAAAAAAAUCGUGAGUACAGGAAAAUGGUGACAUAGUUUUGUAAGCCAUAUUGAUGUGUUAUUAUGUGCAUAUUAUUUGAGCACACUAUGUGUUAGUACUUAAAUAAUUACAGAGCCACUUUUCCUAGGACCGUUUGGAAUGCUGUUUAGUUAGUACUCAGCCGUGCAGCGCAUAGGCUUAAGAAAUUUUCAGGUCCAGUUUUGUUCCUCGAAGUCUAUCUACAGUGCUGUGUAAAGUGGGGCAGAUGGUGUUGGCUCUGUGUAAUCAAAUUCUUGUUUUUACUUGGUAAAUGAGCUAGAAUACGUGGUUCUGUGCAUAAAAUGAAAUCAAUAAAAUGCUUAGGACUGAAUCCCAUGACAUAGGUAUUUUAAACAUUUCCUUUAAAACUGGAUCUGCCAACCCUCAUUACCAUUUCCUCAUCAAAUGUGCAGAUUCGUUCUGUAAGAGCAAUUGGUAUUCCAAAGCUAGCUCCUUAAACAGCACAGUUUCUAGUCGUAGGAAAAUAGGUUUCUUAUUUGCCAAGUUGUUGUGCUAAGGACUCUCUUCUGUUUACGGCAAAGGUCAGUGACUCCAUUGACACCAACUUCUUCAUCCCUCCCAUUUGUUUUUAUUCAGAAAUACAACGGAAAGGGUAAGUUAUGUUGAAAGGCCUUUAGCACAGCAGACUCACAAGCACGUGCUUGACUUUCGACAUUCAGCCUGUGAAAUAAUGCAGUCUAUCCAGCAGGCUAUAAAGCAAGCACUUGAAACAGAACCAGAAUGAUUAAUAACGGCAAUAACCGAACUAUAUUUGGAGUGUUUUGUUACAUAAUUGCAGUCAUAAUGAGUACUACAGAAUCUGAUUAUCUUACAGUUGUAAUCUGAAGGGGCUUUUUAUUUCACUAGGUUAUAAAAUGUUAUAUGAGAGUGUGAUGUCACAUAUUAAUGCACAAGAGAGAGAUGCCUGAUGAGAGUCAAUUAUCUAUUACCAAGACCCCAAACCAUUCACUGAGUGGCUCUCUCUGUUUACACGAACUCCACGAGUUUUGUGCAUGCGUCUCUAUGUAUGCUUAGGGUUUUAGAAUCAAUUUUCAAUCAUGAACUUUUCUUUAAAAAUUGCUUCACUUGGAUCCAAACAUAUUUUUCCAACUAUUAAUAAAAAUCAUGCUGGCAGACAUAGCAGUGCAUUUGGGAGGCUGAGCUGCCUAGCAAGACCCUCUUUAAGAAAGAGGUUGGGAGGGAGGAUGAAGGGAGGGCGUGAAGGAUGGAAAGAUAGCAUGAGAGAAAAUUAUAGAGCAUACUUGAAAUUAGAAAUUAGCUUUUUAAAAAUUUUUUAGGUUUAUUUAUUAUUAUUUUAUAUGUAUGAAUGUCUCGCCUGCAUGUAUGUCUGUGUACCAUGUAAAAA